UCAACCAUGGCAGCCUCUCUCUCCCUCCAACUUCACUCCUUCCCUCCAAAUCCCACCUCACCUUCGCCAUCCUCCAACACCAAAAUCACCUUCCAACUCUUCAACUUCAAACCACCACUCCCAAAGAAACCCCACCACACAACAGAGCCGUCCGAAUUCCCCACCACCAAGAACCACCGCCAUCACCAUCACCACCACUACAAGAAGCUGAAACAUUUCAAACAGAAAGAUGCAUUUCCAUCCUCCUUACCCAUCCACACAAAAAAUCCACGCUCCAUCUACAAAGACAUCAAACGAUUCGCGCGCCAAGACAAACUCAAAGAAGCACUUACCAUUCUCGAUUACGUUGACCAACAGGGAAUCCCUGUCAACGCCACCACUUUCUCCACUCUCAUCGCCGCCUGCAUUCGCACCAAGUCGCUACAACAUGGUAGAGAAGUCCACGUCCAUAUCCGAAUCAACGGCUUCGAAAACAACGAGUUUUUGCGAACGAAGCUUGUUCACAUGUACACCUCUUGCGGCGCUUUGGAAGAAGCCAAACAAAUCUUUAACGAGUUACCCUGUAACAGUGUGUACCCAUGGAAUGCGUUGUUAAGAGGGUCUGUGAUUUCGGGUAAAAAGCACUACCUUGAUGUGCUUAAAGCUUAUACUGAGAUGAGGGCAUUGGGUGUUGAGUUGAAUGUGUAUACUUUCACCACUGUGAUCAAGAGUUUCGCCGGUGCACCUGCCCUUUUCCAGGGCCUCAAGGCUCAUGGGUUGUUGAUAAAGAAUGGUUUGGUUGAUAGUUCAAUUAUUAGGACGAGUUUGAUUGAUUUAUACUUCAAGUGUGGGAGGAUCAAUCUUGCGCGCCGCGUGUUUGACGAAAUUCCCAACAGGGAUGUUGUGGUUUGGGGAGCAAUGGUGGCGGGUUUUGUGCAUAAUAGGCUGCAGAGGGAGGCCUUGGAAUAUGUGAGGUGGAUGGUGGAGGAAGGAGUGGAGGUUAAUUCGGUUGUGGUGAUGUCGGUUCUUCCUGCAAUAGGGGAAGUUUCUGAGCAGCGAUUGGGCAAAGAGAUUCAUGCUUAUGUGGUGAAGACGAAGGAGUACUAUAGGCGAGUGCCUAUUCAGUCUGCCUUGAUUGAUAUGUAUUGCAAAUGUGGGGAUAUGAGUUCGGCUAGGCGAGUUUUUUAUAGCUCGGCGGAGAGGAAUUUAGUUUGUUGGACGGCUUUAAUGUCCGGUUAUGCUUGGAAUGGUAGGUUGGAGCAGGCACUGAGGUCGACUAUUUGGAUGCAGCAAGAAGGGUUCAGGCCUGAUGUUGUGACAGUUGCAACUGUUCUUCCAGUAUGUGCUCAGUUGAGGGCUUUGAAACAGGGGAAGCAGGUUCAUGCUUAUGCUUUGAAGCAUUGGUUUUUGCCUAACGCGUCCAUAACUAAUUCGUUGAUGGUAAUGUACUCGAAGUGUGGCGUGAUUGAAUAUUCCGAAAGACUAUUUGACAGUAUGGAGAAAAGGACAGUUAUUUCAUGGACAGCCAUGAUUGAUUCAUAUGUAGAAAAUGGUCAUCAUCAUGAAGCACUUGAUGUGAUAAGGUCAAUGCAAUCAUCAAAGCAUAGGCCGGACUCAGUUGCAAUAGCCAGAAUGCUGAGUGUUUGUGGUGUGCUAAAACUUUUGAAGCAUGGACAAGAGAUUCAUGCACAGCUCUUGAAAAAGGAUUUUGCAAAAGUCCCUUUUGUUUCUGCAGAACUUAUCAAUAUGUAUGGGACUUUGGGAGAGGUUAAUAAGGCAAAGUUGGUAUUUGAUGCUGUCCCUGUUAAAGGUUCAAUCACAUGGACUGCUCUUAUUAGGGCCUAUGGAAAUAAUGAAUUGUAUGAAGGUGCAAUUGCUCUUUUCGAUCGGAUGACAUCGAGAGGUUCUACUCCGACGCAUUUCACUUUCGAUGCAAUGCUAUCUAUCUUUGACAGAGCUGGAUUUGUUGAUGAUGCUUAUAGGAUAUUCAAGUUAAUGACUAGAUAUAAAAUUGAACCAUCUAAAGAACAGUUUGAUAUAAUGGUCCGACUUCUUACCCAUGAUGGUCAACUGGAGAAAGCUCAAAAACUUGUACAGAUGAGUUCUGUUGUAUAGAGAAGGCAACAUCCCAGUUUUCAUAUGGAAGAUUUACAUAUUGUUAAAACAUUCUUGAAUCUAGAUUAACUAGAGACAUGUAAUUUUAGUUCAGAAUCCAUAAGUUGUAAUUUAUUUGAAAAUUU